UAGGAUUUUAGGGAGGCUUUACGAGCCGGAAGUGAUCAUCCAAAGCCGUCCUCGCAAGUUAACGCUUGAAACGCCGCCUGCGAAUGGCGCGGGGAGAUUUUAAAACAGACGUGACUUGUGGUUUAGAAAAUCUUCCAGUGUUUGUGGAUACUGGUGGAGCAUCAGUAGGGGACGGCUGGCGCAAGUUUAAGUAUUCUCCAGAGAAUGUUAGUGGCCCUGGAGCGGCCCUUGAUCCCAGUGAAAUAACAUUUCCAGGAUGCGACUGCCUCUCUUCUUCCUGUCAGUCAGACUCGUGCCUUUGUCUCCAGCGUCAUGGAACGGCAUACACCGAUGAUCUGCGACUCGCGAGCAGUGCAACUCAGCAAGAAGCGGGCUUUUCCAAACCAGUUUUUGAAUGCAAUAUCAUGUGCAAAUGUGGUGACUCCUGUAAGAACCGAGUUGUGCAGAGAGGUCUCGCCUACAGAUUUAAGGUGUUUGAAACUGAACUGAAAGGCUGUGGCCUGCGCACACUGGAGCCGAUCCCUCAAGGGAGUUUUGUGUGCGAAUAUGCAGGAGAAGUCCUAAGUUCAGCAGAAGCACACCGGAGAUUACGGCGUCAGAGUUCUACCGAUAUGAACUACAUAAUCGCAGUGAAAGAACACGUGAGGUGUGGACAAGUGAUGGAGACCUUUGUCGAUCCAACUGCAUUGGGCAAUGUUGGGCGAUUCCUGAAUCACUCCUGCCAGCCCAAUUUGUUCAUGGUACCUGUGCGCGUCAAUUCUCUUGUGCCCAGAUUGGCUUUGUUUGCUGGGUGCGACAUCCCUGCAAAUGAGGAGUUAACAUUUGACUACUCGGGACGGUAUCGAAAUUCAGAAGGUAGCAAUUUUGUCCCUGAAGAAGCGUUGAGUGACAUUCCUUGUAAGCCAUGUUACUGCGCCAGCAAGACAUGCAGUGGUUUCCUCCCAUUUGAUAUUUCACUUUAGAAUCGUGUCAAAUAAAACUUGUUGACCUGG